GAAUUCAUUCUUAGUUAUCAUCCGUAUUAAUAUUUAACUCAUACACAAUGUCUGUAAGAACUAUAAGCCCCCUUCUUUACUCAUUGGAGGAGAAUGACCCUCUUGCCCAAGAAAUAAAAAAGACCUAUCGUUGGUACAGUCCCAGGUUCUCACCGCAUAAUAUACCACGUUUUGCUGAUGCUGGAAGCAUCACGGAGUCACCCACUUGUAUGAGAAUGAUCCGUGAUUUUUUUGUUAACCGCUACCGAAGCUUCCCAGAGCCCCCCACACAUAUCUUGGGAUUUGAUGCUCGAGGAUUUUUGUUCGGUCCAUCGAUUGCCAUCGAACUUGGGAUUCCUUUUGUACUUUUACGUAAAUCAAAUAAAAACGCAGGUGUGCUCAUCCAAAGCGACACCCUUAAUAAGGAAUACCAUGAGGAUGGGAUCGAAGUAAUGACCUUGCGGGUUGGAAGCAUCACGAAGUCUUCCCGUGUGGUACUUAUUGAUGAUGUCCUCGCAACCGGUGGUACCGUGACUUCUGGUCUUCAACUCAUCUACGCAUCUGGGGCAUCGGUGAUCGAAAUGGCCUGCCUGCUCUCCGUACCCUCUUUUGGCUGCGUUGAAAAAAUCCAUACUGCCCUUGAUGGUCGAUUCAAGAAUGUUUCCAUCAUGUCAUUGGUUAUGGGCGAAUCGCUCGAUGAUUCAAACUGUGGUGACUACAAGAACUACGACGGGCCACGUGUUAUUAAGUUUGCUGAUAAAAUCCCUCUUUUGAACUGAUUUUUUUUGAUUGGUCUAAAGUCUUUAGAAUAAAAAUGUAUUGGUUCAGUAUAUAUAUAUAUCUAUAUAUAUAUAUAUAUAUAUUGAUACCUUUAAAAAAAAAAUAUAUUUUUUUAUAUUAUUAGCAAUUGAAACUAAUAACUAUUAUCAAUGUUUUUACAGGACAUAGAAGGGAACAAACAUUUUUGUUAAAUAUUUUCUAAACUUAGCUUGAUUAGUUACAAUUUAAUUUUUUGUAGGCAGAA